AUGACCAAGACUCUCGCUUUCGGCGACCAGCAGGUCCCAGUUCCCGGAUUCGGCGCGAUGGGACUCAAUCACGGCAUGGGAACAGAUCUCGAUGCCACCCAGUCUGAGGCCGUUCUUCUGAAAGCUAUCGAGCUCGGAUGCACCUUCUGGGAUACUGCGGUUGCCUACAAGGCCGGCGAGAACGAGAAGCUGCUGGGGGACUUCAUCAAGAAGCACAAUGUUCGCGAUAAGCUCUUUGUUGCCUCGAAAUGUGGCUUCGAAGUCUUCGGACUCGAGUGUAAAGUCACCAACUCGGCUGCCCACAUCAAGGAAUACAUUGAGGGCACCAUUGAGAGGCUUGGUUUUACACUAGAUCUCUACUAUCUUCACCGGAUCGAUCCCCACACCCCUCUCGAGGAGUCCAUCGGCGCCCUCGAUGAACUCCGCCGGAGUGGCAAGACCAAGUACAUCGGCCUGUCGGAAUGCUCUGCUGCAACCUUGCGCAAGGCCCACGCCAUCGCCAAGAUCGACGCGGUCCAAGCCGAGUACUCUGCGUUUGAGACAUUGCACGAGACGAGUGGCCUGAUCGACACGGCCAAGGAGCUGGGGAUCGCCUUUUCUCCUGAUGACUUUGCCGCGGAUGAUUUCCGACGCACCGUCCCCAAGUUCCAAGGCGAAAACUUCUACAAAAACAAAGCGAUUGUCGACGAGAUCAAGAAACUGGCAAGUCGGAAGGGCUGCUCGGUCGCGCAGAUCGCGCUGGCGUGGGUGGCUGCGCAGGGGCUCAUCACCAUUCCGGGAACAACCAAGCCCUCGCGGUUGGAGGAGAAUUGGGCGUCACGCAACGUGGAACUGACGCAGGAGGAGCUCAGCGAGAUGAGACGGCUUGUGGAUAACUCCAAGCCAAGUGGAGAGCGUUUCAACGAACUGUUUGGAUCGUUGUGCGGUCAUUAA